AUGUCGACCCUCAUGGCUGCUCCGCUCGUGACCAAGCUCCCACCUAACUUCCUAUGGGGCUUCGCAACGGCCAGCUUUCAAAUUGAAGGCUCGACAAACGUCGACGGUCGAGGACCUUCCAUAUGGGACGGAUUCUCGCGUAUUCCCGGUAAAACACUCGACGGAAAGAACGGAGAUGUGGCUACCAACUCGUAUAAGCUCUGGCAGACCGACAUUGCUCUCUUAAAACAAUACGGCGUCAACACAUACCGAUUUUCCCUUUCGUGGUCGCGUAUCAUACCCCUCGGUGGUCGGAAGGAUCCCGUCAAUCCUAAAGGCAUCGAAUUCUACUCGAACUUCAUCGACGCGCUUCUCGCCAACAACAUCGUUCCGUUUGUGACCUUGUACCACUGGGAUCUUCCUCAAGCUUUGCAUGAUCGCUAUGGAGGCUGGCUUAACAAGGACGAGAUCGUCCAGGAUUAUGCGAACUAUGCCAAAGUAUGCUUCGAGGCAUUUGGCGACCGUGUAAAGCAUUGGUUGACCAUCAAUGAACCUUGGUGUGUGGCCAUUCUAGGCUACGGUCGCGGAGUCUUCGCCCCCGGCCGAUCGAGUGACCGUACCCGGUCCCCCGAAGGCGACUCUUCGACGGAGCCGUGGAUUGUUGGCCGCAACAUCAUCCUCGCUCACGCCCACGCAACAAAAGUAUAUCGCGAGCAAUACAAAACAAUCCAAGGGGGGCAAAUAGGCAUCACCUUAAAUGGCGAUUGGCAAAUGCCCUACGACGAUACUCCUGAGAAUGUGGAAGGCGCCCAAACAGCCCUUGAUUUCGCUAUCGGCUGGUAUGCGGACCCCAUCUACCUUGGACGAUACCCUGCCUCAAUGCAGCGAAUCCUGGGAGCGCGAUUGGCGCCGUUCACGCCGGAAGAAUGGAAACUCGUCCAUGGCUCGUCGGACUUUUAUGGGAUGAAUACCUAUACCACGAAUCUUUGCCGUGCGGGUGGAGACGAUGAAUUCCAGGGCUUGGUGGACUACACAUUUACACGACCAGACGGAACUCAACUUGGAACUCAAGCACAUUGUGCCUGGCUUCAGGACUACCCUGAAGGAUUCCGUUCUCUCUUGAACUAUCUCUGGAAGAGAUACCGCAAGCCUAUCUAUGUCACCGAGAAUGGAUUUGCCGUCAUGAACGAGAGUUCCAAGCCCCGCGAUGUCGCAGUAAACGACACCGAUCGCGUUAACUACUAUCGCGGGGUCACUGCUUGCAUGCAGGCUGCAAUCAACGAAGAUGGAGUGGAUGUGCGUGCGUAUUUAGCAUGGAGCUUAUUGGACAACUUUGAAUGGGCGGACGGUUACACAACUCGAUUUGGGGUAACUUACAUUGACUACGGAACCCAAGAACGCCUACCUAAGGCCUCUGCGUCGUUUGUGUCGAAGUGGUUUAGCGAACGGGUUCCCCCACCCGCGCCACUCAAACAUCUGUCAUCGUCUGGGAGCACCACUCUCAGCACGACCACCAUCUCCUCCAAAGUGCCCAGUGUUGCUGGUGCUUCCGCCGUUUCUCUCAACCACCCGAAUAUCCUGCAGCAGCUCAAGGCCUGGGUCGCCAAGUACAUCGUCGCCCUGCUGUCGCUUGUCAAGUUGAAACGGAGAUGA